ACCAUUUUCAUUCCAUUUUAUCUAUCUUCCUUCUUCAUCAAUCAUUCAUUUUGUUACUAGCUACACUUUCCAUAAUCCAAACCCUGUUUCUGUUUUCAACCCUUUUUUUUCAGCUUCCUUCUUCAGUGAAACGAUACCCUCCUGCUUACUGAACAAGGCCCUGAACUCUAAUCAUUGCCAAACAUUCUCUUCUUCUUUCUCUAGGUGGUUUAAGUUCACGGAAACUAUAACAAAGGGUACAGUUGAAGAUGAACAAAGGAGGGGGGAUGAAGAAAAUGAAGUACGUGUUGGUUACUGGAGGAGUAGUGAGUGGACUUGGGAAAGGAGUGACAGCAAGUAGUAUUGGUGUUCUUCUUAAGGCCUGUGGACUUCGUGUUACUUCUAUCAAGAUUGAUCCAUACUUAAACACUGAUGCCGGAACAAUGUCACCCUUUGAGCAUGGAGAAGUGUAUGUCCUAGAUGAUGGUGGAGAGGUGGACCUGGACCUUGGAAAUUAUGAGAGGUUUCUAGAUAUCAAGUUGACACGCGAUAAUAAUAUCACUACCGGAAAGAUUUACCAGGCUGUUAUUGACAAAGAAAGAAGGGGAGAUUAUCUGGGAAAAACUGUGCAGGUUGUCCCUCACAUCACAGAUGCCAUUCAAGAGUGGAUUGAACGCGUGGCAUUGAUACCAGUUGACGGACAGCCUGGUCCCGCUGACGUUUGUGUCAUUGAAUUGGGUGGAACUAUAGGAGAUAUUGAGUCCAUGCCAUUUACUGAGGCUCUAGGACAGUUUUCAUACCGAGUGGGCGCUGGCAACUUCUGCUUGAUUCAUGUCAGCCUUGUGCCUGUUAUAAGUGCUGUUGGUGAACAGAAAACAAAACCAACUCAGCACAGUGUUCGGGGGCUGAGAAGCUUAGGUUUGACACCAAAUAUCUUAGCUUGUCGCAGCACAUCGGCACUUGAAGAGAACGUAAAGCAGAAACUCUCUCAAUUUUGCCAUGUCCCAGCAGAAAAUAUCAUCACUCUCUAUGAUGUUCCCAACAUCUGGCACCUUCCUUCGCUUUUAAGAGAUCAGAAGGCUCACGAAGGAAUUUUGGGAGCGCUGAACCUUCCUGGGUUUGUCAACGUUGCCAGGGAGCCUAAUUUAAAGGAAUGGACCUCUAGGGCUGAAUUCUGCGACAUGUUACUUGAACCAGUUCGAAUUGCCGUUGUUGGGAAGUAUACAGGGCUUUCAGAUUCCUACCUUUCUUUGCUAAAGGCUCUUUUGCAUGCAUCUGUUUCUCUCCGCAAGAAACUUGUUGUGGAUUGGGUUCCAGCUAGCGAUAUUGAGGAUGAAACUGCAAGAGAGAAUCCUGAUGCAUAUAAGGCUGCAUGGAAGUUGUUAAAGGGUGCAGAUGGAGUUCUUGUCCCAGGAGGGUUUGGUGACAGAGGUGUGGAAGGGAAAAUUCUUGCAGCCAAGUAUGCGCGAGAGAACAGAAUUCCAUUCCUUGGAAUCUGUCUGGGAAUGCAAAUCGCAGUCAUUGAGUUUGCACGAUCUAUCCUUGGCCUGCACGAUGCUAACAGCACGGAAUUUGAUCCUGACACCAAGAGUCCCUGCGUUGUAUUCAUGCCCGAGGGCUCAAAAACCCACCUGGGAGGCACCAUGCGUCUUGGGUCAAGGAGGACAUAUUUCCAAGUCAUGGACUCCAAAUCAGCGAAAUUGUACGGCAAUAGAGGUUUUGUUGAUGAGAGACAUCGUCAUAGAUACGAGGUGAAUCCUGAUAUGGUAUCAUCCCUGGAAGAUGCUGGGCUCUCAUUCACCGGCAAGGAUGAAACUGGCCAACGCAUGGAGAUAGUUGAGCUGCCUAAUCAUCCUUACUAUAUUGGUACUCAAUUCCACCCUGAAUUCAAGUCAAGACCAGGGAAACCUUCUGCACUAUUCUUAGGCCUGAUAGCAGCAGCAUGUGGCCAGCUAGAUCCUCUCCUACACACUCACAAGUUUCCCAAUGGAAUGGCCAAAAAAAUAAGCCUCUACCAGAAUGGAAAUGCAACCAAGUUUGCUAAAAUACCGGCAGACGGUAUAUACAGCAAUUGCAAUGGUGUGCAUGCCUAAACACCGGUCCUGCCCUUUAUUAGAGGAUCUAAUUUUUUUCUGGAGUGAUACUUGUUCCCAUGAUGCUCUAGUAGUAUCUUAGGAUUUGCUUUGUACAGUAAGUUGAGUAUUUGGUAGGAGUUAGCUUUGAGAGGAAUGGCAGAUAAAACAGAGCUUGAUCCUGGUCUUUUAAACAGGAAAGCCUGUUGUAAUUUACAGUUGUACCAUACUUUAUAAGCCUUCUGGUUAAGAUGGUGUUUUAACUGCAAUGAAUAUCUCUCUAGUUUGCCUA